UACAUGACUGACCGAGGAAGUAAUAUUACAUUUGUUCAAGUUACAUCUAAGAUCACAGGAAUAUGAUAUCAAAAUGACGAUUGUUGAAAUAGCGGACUCACUUGAUACGGGUGGCGAUACACACGACUGUGGUCAUGAUCACGGUACUGGACAAAACACCUCACAGACCACUGCCCAAACCGGCCAGUCCACAGAACAGUGCAUUGAAGACUAUGAUCAUAUGCGAUACGAGAGAUACCGUCUAGAAACUUUCAGAACAUGGCCACAGUCAGCCAACGCUGAUAAAAACCAAUUGGCAGCCAAUGGCUUUUAUUACAUUGGUGAUGACAAUGAUGACAGGGUUCAGUGCGACUUUUGCAAAAUAAUUCUGAAGAAAUGGGAACCAGGAGAUGUUGUCCAGGAGGAACAUAGAAAGCAUGGUCCACUUUGUCCUUAUGUUAAGGAUCCUGCACAUGCAGGCAAUUUUCCGCUUGGUUUUCGGAGUUUUGAUAGUACUCAUCGUCACUACCACGGUCCCCGUCACCUUGAGUAUCAAGAUAGGCGUAUAAGAUUCGAGUCCUUCCAUAACUGGCCUAUUAACAAAAAAAGAAGACCAACCCCUGGUGAACUGGCAAAUGCAGGAUUUUUCUACCUUGGACAAGGUGACUGUGUCAAAUGUUUCUAUUGUGGAGGAAUGUUGAGACACUGGGAAGAAACAGAUGAUGUGUGGGCAGAACAUAUGAAAUGGUUUCCUCUUUGUCUAUUCGUCGUUGAACACGACCCAUCAUGUCACGGAGAAAUUGGGCGCCAUCUUCAGAGAACCAUUAGUGGCAUAGCCUUGUCAAACGGUUAUUCCGAUGAAGAGAUCACUGGCUACAGACAAUACAUAGAAGACAGUCAAUUGCCACACCCAGAGGAGUACAGAGAAUUUGUAAAUGAAUUAGACCAGUAUAGGCACAGGCAAGUUCAAAUAUCUGUCUCUAGUGUAGCCAGUAAUGCCACAGUGACAAGUGAAGUAAAUCCACAACAUGCAGCUAGUAGAACCAAUGUGGAAGAUCAGAACGAGCGUUAUUUGUGUAAAGUUUGCUAUAAAAAUCCGCUAGAGGUUAUUUUUUAUCCAUGUAAACAUGUCUGCUGUUGCCAGGAGUGCGGUGAUAAACUACCAGAAUGCCCUGUUUGUAGGACAAACAUUAGGGGGAAACUACAGCUUUUCUUUCCUUAGAAUUGUUUUAUAAUGGUUUUAUACAAGUAUAUUCUAUACUUGUUCGUUAAUUCAAGUUAAAUGUAGCUUUAAUACACCUCUUUGCCGUGUUAAAUUCCGUUUCUCUAAUUGUGAGAAAGUCUGCAUUAUUAAUAAUAUAUAUUUAAACAAUUGAUAACUGUUGUGUGUAUUUUUGUGAUACUUUUUUAAUUUAUCAUUAUUAUUAAUACAUAAAAAAAUAGUUUUUAUAAUUAAAAUAAUUUAUCAUAUACACAUAAACAAAUAAACAGAUGUUACAUACAUUGUAUUUUACAACCUUGUAUCUCAUAGGAAUCCGAAGAUCAUUGUUUAAUCUUGUACUUGAAAUGCUUAUAGAACAAAAUUUUGAUUAAAGUUAUAUAAAAACGA